AACGCCGUCAACAUCGCGGUCUUCCUCAAGCUCGGCCUCGCCGACCCCGUGACGAUCUCCUUCUUCGCGCUGUCGGUCACGGACAUGGUCUGCCUGCUCAUCGCCGCCUACAACUGGCUGUGCUACACCCUCUACCGCGUCCCCGCGGGCGGCUGGCCGGUGGACAUGUUCUCGCUGAUGUACCUCGGCGUCUGGUAUUUCCAGAUGGUCUACGACGUCUCGAUGCUGAUCACGACGUACACCGCCGUUCAGAAGUGCUGCUGCAUCGCGCUCCCGCUGCAUUUCAAAUCCGUGUUCACCAAGACCAGAACGUGCAUCGUCAUCGCCGCGUUCAUCGUCAUCUGCAUGACGUCGUACGUCCCGCUGCUCGCCACGCAGGGGCUCCAGCGAAAAACCAACCCGGCCACGAAUGCGUCGACGUACACGAUUUGGUACGCCAGCGACCGAGAAGAGAUCAUCAGCGCCAACGAUAUCAUCGUUCGGAUCAUCCUGCAGAACGCGUGUGAGAUCAUAGUCGUCUCGUGUUUGAUAAUAUUGACGACGAGUCUGCGCAGGCACUCUAAGUUUCGUCACUCCGUGUCCAUUCACAGCCUGUCGGAGUGCUCCAGCGAAGGUUCCCUUCCGUCUUUAGGGAGCCAGGAAACGCCAAUCGGCGCUAAGACAAGCCGGAUAUCCGCUAAGGAGCUACAGGUGAUCAAAUCGGUGACCUUGGUCUCGGCCAUAUUUGUCACGUGCAACUUCCCGCGUGUCGUGCUGUCCAUCGCCCGCACCAUCGUCCCUGAGAUGGACACGUUCAGGCGGUACCACAACAUCCACCUGACCUCGCAGAUGAUUCGGCGCGUCAUUGAGGUGUCGGGAGCCAGCGGCAACUUCAUCAUUUACUAUAAAUUUAACCGCCGGUUCCGUGAGAUUGUGAACAGAAUUUUCAAAUGUUCAGACUGA